ACCGGCUUACGGUUGUCGUACAGCUACGAUCUCGCUCGCAUCGGCUCCACGUUCACGGUGCUAGUUCACUUAUUGUUCGUUCUCCGUUGCCGCUCCAUCGAGAUUCGCUCUCCGAUCGAGAAUUUCGAUCACGUUUAACUGCGCGUCGAAAGAGACAGAUAAAUCAAGAGAGCAAACAUGUGCGACGAGGAAGUUGCCGCGCUCGUAGUCGACAAUGGAUCCGGCAUGUGCAAGGCCGGUUUCGCCGGGGAUGACGCUCCUCGCGCCGUCUUCCCAUCGAUCGUCGGCAGGCCACGCCAUCAGGGUGUCAUGGUCGGUAUGGGACAGAAGGACUCCUAUGUCGGUGAUGAGGCUCAAUCGAAGAGAGGUAUCUUAACGUUGAAAUACCCAAUUGAGCACGGUAUCGUUACCAACUGGGACGACAUGGAGAAGAUCUGGCAUCACACGUUCUACAAUGAAUUGCGAGUAGCUCCGGAGGAGCAUCCGGUCCUUCUUACCGAGGCUCCCUUGAAUCCUAAAGCCAAUCGCGAGAAGAUGACUCAAAUUAUGUUCGAGACAUUCAAUACCCCAGCCAUGUACGUCGCGAUCCAAGCCGUGUUGUCGCUAUAUGCUUCCGGUCGUACCACUGGUAUCGUACUGGACUCUGGUGAUGGCGUUUCCCACACUGUACCAAUCUACGAGGGAUACGCCCUUCCGCACGCUAUCCUCCGCUUGGACUUGGCCGGUCGCGACUUGACCGAUUAUCUCAUGAAGAUUCUCACGGAGAGAGGAUACUCCUUCACGACUACGGCCGAGCGAGAAAUCGUCCGCGACAUCAAGGAGAAGCUCUGUUACGUCGCGUUGGACUUUGAACAGGAGAUGGCUACAGCGGCCUCUUCCUCCAGCUUGGAGAAGAGCUACGAACUUCCCGACGGUCAAGUCAUCACCAUCGGUAACGAGCGAUUCCGUUGCCCGGAGGCUCUCUUCCAACCCUCGUUCUUGGGUAUGGAAGCUUGCGGCAUUCACGAGACUACAUACAACUCGAUCAUGAAGUGCGACGUCGACAUUCGUAAGGAUCUGUACGCCAACACCGUUCUGUCCGGUGGUACCACCAUGUAUCCUGGCAUAGCCGACAGGAUGCAGAAGGAGAUCACUGCCUUAGCCCCGUCUACCAUGAAGAUCAAGAUCAUUGCCCCGCCUGAGAGGAAAUACUCCGUAUGGAUCGGUGGAUCGAUUCUCGCAUCGCUUUCUACCUUCCAACAGAUGUGGAUCUCGAAGCAGGAAUACGACGAAUCCGGACCCUCCAUCGUCCACAGGAAGUGCUUCUAAGCGCGCCUUCUCCAUCGCAUAUUAUCAUUCCCCAAUCCUUGAACUUGAAGAGGGAGAGAGAGAGAGAGGGGGGCUUCUGUCUCGUUUCGCAGGCGGACGUAACAUCAACUUCCGCGACGAUUGCCCUUUGGUUUCUCCGGGGCGAAGGUAGCUUCUUUCAAUUCGGAUGUACGUGUUUAAGAUACGCGUGUUAACGAUUAAACGAGAGGAGAAGAGGAGCUUUCGAUAUCUCCUCCCCGCGACGCGUGUUCCUCGGUCUCGGCGACGAUCCAAAAUAAACCGGCGGUUCGUUCUUGCUCGUUUAAACGCGAUCAUUCUUUUCAUCGUUUCUCAUCGAUUCAAUAUAACGAUCUUAAACAUGUGCCCCGAUUCCUAAAUACCUUUUUCUACCUUAUCUUAUAAUCGAGUCCUUUGUAUUAUAUAUUUGAAUAACUUGCGUCUAUUACACGGUAGCAUUUAGCCAAACAUUCCUCGCGAGACGUCCUUCUCUCAACGCGAGUAGAACGCUUCCUUUUCGUUAAUCUCGUCGCUCCGCUGUACGCUUCGAUUGCCAUUUUUCUUCGAGGAUUUGAGCAAGAAGAAAACGCGAAGAUAAACGCCGAGGUUUCUGUUUGCGGGAAAGAUCGUCGAUUGUUCUUCCCGCGGAAGGAGACGAUGGACAUAUGGCAAUCAACGUCGGUCAAUGCAUUCCGAUUAAAGUGCGGUAUUUUUAAGAGGCGCUUGCGUCGAAGCUAAUACACAAACAUGUCGUACGUCAUUCCGCGCGCAGAAAGAUAAGCCUCCGACUUCUUAUCUGUUUAUUUCUUUUUUUAAUUAUUAUUUGCCUAUCGUUGAGGGAAAAAGAUGGCCUUUUCUGUCUUCUUUCUUUCUUUCUUUUCUUUUUUUUUUUUUUUUUUUUUUUUAA